AACAAAGGACCGCAAAGAGAAGGCAAUAUUUUUUGAAUUAAAUGGUUAAAACUUUGAAACCCUCUCCCUCUCUUUGAUCGCUUCACUUCAACGAAAACCCCAAAUCUAACCCACCACCGACCACCAACCACCAACUGCCGGCCUUCGGAAUUCAAUUCCGAUCUGAGUUUUCCGGUCAGAAAUGGCAGCGAGGCAAAUGGAAGAGAUACAGCGGAAGCUGGCGACUUUGAACUACCCGAGAGCCAAUGCGCCUGCUCAGUCCCUCCUCUUCGCCGGCAUGGAGCGCUAUGCUCUUCUCGAGUGGCUCUUCUUCCGAUUGCUGGGGGACAAGUCACCUUUCUCCCAACAAAGUCUUCAAGGGGACGCCAUGGAUCGCGACGAAGAAACUGCCCGCAUUCAAUAUUUGGCAGAGAUUGCGAAGUUUUUGGGUAUUACAAAUACAAUUGACACAGAAGCCAUUCAAGGACGAGGAAGCUAUGAAGAUCGCACUGAAAUGCUUCGUUUAAUUGUAGAUCUCGUGGAGGCAAGCAUUUUUGCUGAUAAUCCAGAAUGGAGUAUAGAUGAGCAGGUGGCAAAGGAUAUACAGCUAAUUGAUUCCAUUGCAGAGAGACAAGCUCAAAUAUUCUCAGAAGAGUGCAAAUUGUUUCCCGCUGAUGUUCAGAUUCAGUCUAUAUAUCCAUUGCAUGAUGUUUCUGAGCUGGAGCAAAAGCUUACAGAACAAUCAAAGAUACUCUCAAGUCUUCAACAAAAGGUUGAUGAUUUGGCAUCAAAGCAUGCUUACAACCCAGAUGAGGAGUAUGCAGAGGUAGAAUCCAGAUUGCGUUCACAUUUGGAAUCUUUUCUAGAAACUGCAAGAUCAUUCAAUAUGAUUUACACCAAGGAAAUACGUCCCUGGACACACAUGAUGGAGGUACCCCAGCUCCAUGGGUUUGGGCCAGCUGCCAAUCGCUUGUUGGAGGCAUAUAAGAUGCUUUUGAAGUUCCUAGGGAACUUGAGGAAUCUUAGAGACUCACAUGCUGCUCUUGCUGUCGGAUCAUCUGACUCAGUUGCUGGUGAGCCCUCUUCUGUCACAAGAAUAAUCUCAGAAUGUGAAUCUGCGUUGACAUUCUUAAAUCGUGACCUUGGAAUUCUCUCGGCUUCCAUUGCUCGAGAGCAAGGUGAAUAGGUGAAGUUAUGAUGACGCUGUUUUUGUUUCACGAGGGCUGCCAUCUAUUCGGCCUCUUCCUCUUCUGUGACUGGAGAGCACAUGCUGGGAAGAUUUAGUUUCUUCCUCUUGCACGAAAUUAACUUCAAAUGUAAUAUUGAUUCAUGUAUGUGUAGCCCAUUUUAGUAAUUUUUUGGGUGAUCUCAAUCCAAUUCCUUAUUUUAUGUACCAGACUGACUACUCCGAGGCUAUCCUUGUUAAAAAUGUAGUUAUAACAUUUGUCCCCAUUUAUGAAUGAAACAUAGUUGUUGUAGGCGUGUGCAUGCUGUGUGUCAA